UUGACCUGUCUGCUCCAUGCGGUGCGCAAUAUGUUGUCAAUGCAUCAACAGAAUGAACCAUCGCCCACCUCGAAAUCCAAUUCUACACUAGAUCCACUCUCAGCGCUUCAGCACAGACCUUUUAGUUGGUACCUCCACCGUAAUACAGACACGACUGCUCCAUCAUCUCCAGUCUCCUCCACAGUGAAUCUCUUUCUUGAUGAAGACGAUUCUGGGAAUGUGGAACCAGUGCAAGAUGGAGUUGCUGUAAUGGAUGGCAGUGAAGAGGAAAAGGAGGGAAGGAUGAAACAUUCUGCCGUCGAAGAAAGUCUUCAUCCUCCACUUCUCCCACCCGGCUUCCGAAAUUUUUCCCGCUAUCUCGAUUCCAAAUUCGGACCCGAUUCCGCGGAGGAACAACGUGGUCGUCAUCAUCAUCAUCAAAGAAGACGACAUCGAGAAGUAAUCGACAGUAAUACUACCGUUUCCGCUGCUACCACCACUUCUGGGGAUGGAGAUAAUCGAGGUAGGAGUGCCACUGACGUGAGACCCAAAAUCUGCAUCACCACUAGCUCUGGGGGCACUGGACACCACUCCGAUCCAGUGUCUUCUCCACACGAGUCAUUUUGCAUAAGCAAUAUUCCUGUCUCGACUCGUAGUGAAGAUAGCGAACAUACACAGCGAUUAGCCCCCACCUUGUGCGGACCCUACUGGUGUCCGCCUCCACCACCAAAUCCCGGACAUCCUAUCUCUUGGUAUCACCCAGUUGCGCCACCUCCUCUUCCUCCCCCACCACCCCAUCUGCCACCUCAGGUCCGAUACAUUGUUCCACCACCACUACCGCCACCACCACCACCAAAUGCAGCAGCGGCGUGUUGGUUCAGAGCAGCUGCGAAUCACUUUGCUACUGCGGCUGCCAUUUUUGCUGCUGAUGAUGCGGCCUCUGCCUCUGUGCUGGCAGCUCCGCACCAACUUCCUCCUCAAUUCCCACACUCCAAUGAUCCGGCGUCUGGAGAAAGAACGCGUGAGCCUCCGAUAACUACAUCGACAUUGUCAUCCACGGUGGAUCUACAAAACGCACCAACAACCUCUUCAAAUUCUCUGGCUCCAACCCCAUGUUCGUUAUCACAGUUUAUAAAGGAUUCCCCCAUGCGAACCGGUGAGGAGGAGGAAGGAGAAGAGUUUUUCUCGGUGUCUGAUGCGGAGGAUCAAAAACAAGGCCGUAGUCAAUGUCGUAACCGUUUACCUGCUGUGGAACCGCUACAACGUCAGCUCUGGGGCCGGCGCGAAGGCGAUUUAAACCCACCUCUCGGCAGCUGUCAAACGGGUGAUGAUAGAGUCUGUGUGCUCGAUAUGCUUCCACAAGAUCCAGCCCUAAUUCUACCUGAUCAGGUGGACUUCUAUGCCCAAAUAAAGGACCUGCUGGAACUGGACAGUAACAUCUCGUUGCCUUUGCCUGCGGGUUGGGCAGUGGGUGUUUCUUCAUCGGGUCGACGUUUUUACGUCUCCUGCACUACCAGUGAUGCUGCCAGUGGCGGUGGUGGCGAAAUGUCGGCCUCCUCCCGGAAUCGCUCCCGAACCACCACCUGGCAGCAUCCCACCAUUGCACCUCGUAUCCCUCUCGGCUGGGAGCGUGUCGAAAUGCGGCGGGGCAAUUGUGUUUAUUAUCGCCACCUUCUCAUACCCCAUACGCAACGUCAUCAUCCUGACCUCUGGUUCCCUACGAUUCCAAAGAAUGUCGAAUUCGAGCAACAGAGUUGGUUUUUUGACCUCCGCAAACUGCAGGAAUCUGUCUCCAACUUUGACAAAGGUGAAAUUCUCAGCUCAUCGAGUCGUAUGUGGACACCAGAGAUUCUAAUGAGGAAAUUCACCUUACGGCAAGUACUGCUAAAAAAGCACGAUGCAGGACAGUUGGAGAAGCUGUUGAAGCACCUGGACUGCCGUUUCUUUCGCGACCUCCAUCGGAUGGUGGUGGCCUUUGAGGUGGCACGAAUCCGUAUUGUUCGUGAACUUUUCGUCCAACAUAUUCGCAGAAGUACAGCCCUUGCAUCCUCCCCCUCGCCUUCUGUAAAUGACGGCUCUGUGGAGAAGUGA